AGCCUUUUGGCUCCGGCACGCUUCCGCGCGGCCGAUUUUUUCGAUUAGACAAGCUUGUCAUAAUUUUAAGACAUGCCUGCCAUGUCCAAGAUCUCCACUGCUGCCGGCGCAGGCGCUGCCUUGAUGGCGGCCUCUGCCUUCGUAGCACCUGCAGGCGCACCCAGACAAGCUCUGAGGGGCACCUCCAGUGUGGAGCAGAGGUCCACAGGAACCCCGGGCGCGGUUGGGGCUGUGGGCGUCGCUGGCCUCGUAGCCAUGUCUGUGGCCCGGCCCAGCACCAGAGCUGCAGUGGUGCGUUGUGCCUACGAUGCCUCCAACGAGAUCGGGGCCUGUGACCCACUUCUGUUCUGGGAUCCGAUUGGCUACUGUGGCGGCGACUGCACCAAAGAGGAUUUCGACCGCCGACGGGCUGUAGAGUUGAAGCAUGGCAGGAUUUGCAUGUUCGCGACCAUCGGCAUGCUUUGGCCUGACAUCUUCGGCAAGUUUGAUGGUUACCUGUCACCUUCUCAGAACUUAAAGUUCGCAGAUGUGCCCUCAGGCCUUGCAGCCAUCAGCAAGGUCCCCCUGGAGGGGUGGCUGCAGGUGCUCCUGGUGGCUGGGCUCAUCGAGACUCAACUCUUUAAGGAUCAGUCCUUUGGUGGCUUUGCCUAUGCCAAGUAUGGUGAGCCUGGCAACUUCGGCACCGGCUACUGGGGUCGAAAGAUCCAGGACCCGGCGGAGCGCCGUUUGAAGCUCACCACAGAGCUGAACAAUGGACGCUUGGCGAUGGUCGCCAUGACAGCGAUGCUUAUCCAGAACGGUCUCACUGGACAGUCACCUGUGGAGCAGCUGACCUCUGGGCACAUCUCGCCCUUCAAUGAUGGCCAGGGCUUCUUUGCACAGUUCGACGCGUCCAAGGAGCUGGGAGCUUGCCCUCCUUUGGGCUAUUGGGAUCCCUUCGGCAUGAUGGCUUUCCAGGAUGAGGAGAAGUUCCGCCGCAACCGUGAGCUGGAGCUCAAGCACGGCCGGAUUUGUAUGGUCGCCACCAUUGGCAUGAUCGUGCCGGACCUUUUUGGUCGCUUCGGAGGUUACUUGUCCCCUUCCAUGGAUUUGAAAUUUUCAGACAUCCCCUGCACCAUCGAGGCCAUCUACAAGGUGCCAGCCGCCGGCUGGCUCCAAGUCUUUGCCUUGGCAGGUGCGAUUGAGGCAAAGAACUUGGCCUUCCCCACCAACUACGGCUACCCGCCUUUCUGGGGACAAAUCGACAAACUGGAGCCAGAGGAGAAGCAAAAGAAGUUGUUGGCUGAGAUCAACAACGGGCGUUUGGCCAUGGUAGCGAUGGCAGCCAUUGUGGCUCAGAAUGGCGCCACUGGGCAGUCCUUGGUGGAGCAGUUUACUUGCGGCAACUUGAACCCUUUCAUCGGUGGCUAUGCCCAGAAGGAGCGUGCUGAGAAGUUGGCCAUGCGCGCCCAAACGGAUUUCUUUUUCAGCGGCAAAGCGGGCAACAACUCGGAGGCGAUCCCAUGGGAGCCCAUUCCUCAGGGUCUCUCCAACGACCUCUUUGGCACCUACGUGGGCGAUGUGGGCUUUGACCCGGCGGGCUUCGCCAAGAAUACACGCUUGCUUCCUUGGUAUCGUGAGGCCGAACUGGCCCAUGGUCGUGUGUGCAUGCUUGCAACUCUGGGCUACACUGUUCAGACCUCAGGUGCCAAGUUCGAGCCCUUCAUCACUCGCUAUCCCACGGACUCUUCAGAUCCGCUGAAGGCAGCCACUCAGGUGCCGAUUGUUGGCUGGCUGCAGAUCCUGGUUGUGAUUGCCCUUUCGGAGUUGUGGCGUUAUGAGAACGUCAUCAGCAAAUACGAUGAAGGUGUGGCACCUGGCGACUUGGGCUGGAAUCCCACCGCGCCAACCGGCACGAAGCGCCCCAAGUGGUUUGGCCCAACCUUCUCGGCCAACUACACGCCUGAAGAAUGGGGCAACAUGCGCUUGAGGGAGAUCAAGCAUUGCCGACUGGCCAUGGUGGGCUUUUUUCUUCAUGGUGUUGACCAAUGCAUCCACAGGCCAGGGGCCUUC